AUUAUUUAUAUAUCUAUCAUGGCAACUGUUCAAAAAACUAAAAAACCUAAAACUAAUAGUUUUACUUUCAUUUUGGAUCAGACCCUCAAUAAAUAUAACCUAUCGGCUGAAUUAAACCUGCUUCAAUUAUGUGCUUAUGCUGAUGAGCUUAACUUAGCUAUGCCAAAAAAUAAUACAGAUGAAGCAAUUGUGACAGCCAGUUCUCAUAUUUCACAAUUUCAUAAAGAGUUAGCAGAAGCUGAAAUUGAUUCUAAGCAAAUUUAUAUAUAUGCCAAAUUACCAGAAGUUACUUGA